AUGGAAGAUGGUCCGAUUGCCCUCAAAGUGCCAUGGGAUGUGGCGGGAAAUGGUGAAGAGAUCAUUGCUGGUGGUAAUAAGUUGGCGGUGGACAGGGAAUUAAAGAGGAUUGAGCCAAACGAUGCCUCUAAAGACGCCUUCACCGCCCUCAGUCCAAAAGCCCAAACCCUAGCCAAACCCAAAUGGCACACAGUCUGA